AUGCCUCUUUGGCGCAUAUUCUCCCAUCCUCAAACAUUCUCCCUCGAUCAGCGGAAAGGGCUCGCCAAAGCUGUCACCGAAUUAUAUAUGUCCCUUGGCCUGCCCGCGUUCUAUGUCAACGUCAUUUUCAUAGAUGUCGACGAGAACGGCACCUUCAUUGGCGGAGAGCAGCGGUCAAACUUCGUCAGGGUCGUGGUUGAGCAGAUUGCCAGAACGAUGCCGUCGCCGGACACUGAAGAUGGGCGGCAACACAGAACGAUGUGGAUGGACGUGAUCAAUGAGGUCUUAAAACCAUUCAUUAUUGACCGGAAAGAACUGGAUUGGGAGAUGCACAUCUACGAGACUCCUCGUGAUCUCUGGCGCGUUCAGGGAUUGGAUCCUCCCCCAGUAGCAUCAGAUGCUGAAAAGUUCUGGGCUGAGCAGAACAAACCCACGCCAUACGUGUAG